CACGCAACGUGAGAACACAAACAGGAUCCAGAACUGUCCUGGGCAGCAGCGGCUCACAUGGUGGUGGAAAGCGAACGCAAGUAGUAUAGCCUGGUACUGAGCACGGUGAACGAUGAAGGAGGAAAUCGCAGCGGUGGUGUUUUUUAUGAAACGGCUGAUCAAGAAGGCAGAGAAGCUGGACUCAGAGAAAGUAGAGAAGUUUGUGGAGAGGCUUACUGUGGCGCUUCAGGAGAAGUACAGGGGCCACUGGUAUCCAAAUAACCCCAGCAAAGGCCAGGCUUUCAGGUGUAUACGAGUGAACCGGUUCCAGAGAGAGGACCCGGAGCUGCUGCGGGCCUGUCAGGAGAGUGGGGUGCAGUACAGAGACCUGGGCCUGCCAAAGGAGCUCACACUCUGGGUGGACCCAGGGGAGGUGUGCUGCAGGUACGGAGAGAAGAACCUUGCCUUUACAGUGGCGAGCUUUUCAGGAGACGGUGAAGAUGACAAAGAGGAUGUCACCAAGAAGGUAACGAGUGCGGUGGAGAAGGUGACCUCGGACUAUCACUCCGGUUCUUCAUCUGAUGAAGAGAGCAGCACUAGGGAAGCUCGUGUGACCCCUCCUUUCCCCCACUUUCGCCCGCGUUACCAGGUAGUGCCUGAGGUCUUUUACCCGCCUGUUCCCGUGUGGCACCCAAUGCCGAAGAAGAAGUGUGGGUUGAGCAAAGUGCAAGGCCCUCCCCACCCUCACUAUGGCUUCCGUCCAAACAGCAGGCCCAACCAUCCCUUCAGGCAGAACGGUUGGUCCCCAGCAAGGCCCCGAAGCGGGCAGGGCUACUGGGGCAGCACUCCCAACCUGGCACACUGUUAGGAAACACUAUAGUGAAGCAGUAACUUUUGGAAAAGAACUUGUACUAAGAUUACU